GUCCGACCUCCUGUCCUGGGCAGGAAAGAGCGCUGGGGUCAGACAACCCCAGUCAUGUGCAUGUCUAGACUCCUCCAAGGUAGGGGAGAGCACCACCUCCCUUGGAAGCCCAUUCCACAUUUUGGCAACCCUUACCACAUAGGGAUGAAAGAUUAAAUGGUUUCUAAAAGAACAGGUUUUUAAUGCUUGGGGAUGUGAUUGGUCAGGUCAAGCUGAUUUUCCCUUCCCCUUCAAAGUAUUUGGAAAACUGAUUAAGAAGGAGAACUUUUGUUGCACCCAUCUCUCUUGAAUCCUAUCGCCAUGGUGUUUUCUUUCAGCAUUAAACUGUCUUGAGGAAAAUAAAUAUGCAAAGAGACUUUUGUCCAGCAUGAGCCAUAUAGCUUAUUUGGGGAUUGUGGAGAGAACAGGUUUGAAGAAAAAAAUUAGUAUCUAAAACUUAUUCUUGCAUAUGUACAUGUUGUUUCUACUGAAGUCUUUUGGGACCUCAUCUAGAGGUGGAAUUUAGUCCACAGUCUAUGCAGUAUAGAUGUCUUGGAGUUGAAAAGUGUAUUGUGCCCUGCUGGCCUGAAAUCCACAUCGUUUUUUGAAUGACUGAAAUAAGAGUAGAUGGGCUUGCGUGAUUUAUUUCACUACUGGAAAAGAAGGAGGAUGCUUGUGGAAUCAGUGCACCAGGCUGGGCAGGACUUGGAGCACCCAAACAUGACUUAUGAGACAAAUGAAGAUUGGCUGUUCAGGCCACUGCUGUAUCCAGGGUCAUUGUUGAAUUGGAAGAUGGUGCACUGCCAAAUGGAAGAUGAGCAAUACUGCAGCUAGCCCGAUGUCAACUGUUGCCUCUUCAAGCAGUGGAAGGGGGAUAGGAAAAUCAACAAGCUUCACUCCUGAACUGCAAAGUAUGAUGUUUUCCUUAGGGGAUGCUCGCAGGCCUCUUCAUGAAACAGCAGUGUUAGUGGAAGACAUUGUCCACACUCAGCUGAUUAAUUUGUUGCAGCAAGCAGCUGAAGUUUCUCAGUUGAGGGGAGCACGAGUCAUCUCUGCUGAAGAUCUUCUGUUUUUGAUGCGCAAAGAUAAGAAAAAACUGAGAAGGCUGCUUAAAUAUAUGUUUUUCCGAGACUACAAAUCUAAAAUUGUCAAAGGCAUUGAAGAUGAUGAUCUUGUUGAAGACAAAUUCAACAGUAGCAGUGUCAACAAAAGGCAGAAACUUGCUCAAGACUUUCUCAACUCCAUUGACCAGACUGGAGAGCUCUUAGCUAUGUUUGAAGAUGAUGAAAUCGAUGAUGUUAAGCUGGAGAGGAUGGAGAGAGCAGAAAGGCAAACACGGAUGAUGGACUCAGCCCAGUAUGCAGAAUUCUGCGAAAGUCGACAGCUGAGCUUUUCCAAGAAAGCGUCCAAGUUUCGUGAUUGGUUAGACUGUAGCAGCAUGGAAAUAAAACCAAAUGCAGUUGCCAUGGAGAUUUUGGCAUAUUUAGCCUAUGAGACUGUGGCACAGUUGGUGGACUUGGCUCUCUUGGUCAAACAGGAUAUGGCUCCGAAAGCAGGUGAUCCGUUCAGUCAUGCAAUAUCUGCUACUUUCAUACAGUAUCACACCCCUGCUGAGCCACAUCUCUUAGGCCAGGCCACAAGUAUGAAGACCAGUCUCGACUCCCCUGAAAAUACACCACCCCCUACGCCUACUCCCCCAACAUCAGCAGGAUCACAACACCUUGGAAAAACCCAGUCUGGAGCCAUGGGGAAUGGAGGCAUUGGACAAGAUUCUACCAAAGCCAAGCAAAGAAAAAGAAAAAAGAGCUCUGCAGCCUGUGGUAUAGAGGCUCAAAGCGAUGCCAUCCAGCCUGGCCACAUCAGAGAGGCCAUUCGACGUUACGGCCACAAGAUUGGCCCCCUUUCCCCAUUCACAACUGCAGCUUGCAGGUUCAUUCCAGUGACAGCCAGGUCGGGGAGUGCCUGCAGUGAGAGAGGUGCCUCCUGCUGGUCUCUCGCAGGGAACGGGCAAGAGAGCUACAGGAAGAGGUGGUGAGGCUCCAAAGCAUCCUCCACCGUGAGUUCAUUGAUUCAAUACUGAAAGAGAUCUUCGGGACUGUGGAGGAAGAACUGCCAGAGGCCAUGCUAGAGAAGAGAGAGCACAUGCACCCCCAGGAGAGUGGAAGCUUGUGAUCUCUGGCAGCAAGCCGAAAUUGUCACCUCCACCUGCAGUCAUUCAUCUGGAGAACAGACGUGCAGCCCUAGCAGCAGAGAGGAGGAAUGCGUUACGCUGGUGGAGGAAGAGAGGUCAGGCCUCACCAAGGUGGGAAGGACAACCACCACCAAGAAGUGAUGGGUGGUGGUGGUUGGAGACUUCCUUCUGCAGGGGAUGGAAGGAGCCAUUUGCUGACCUGACCUGUUGUCUUGGGAAGUCUGCUGCUUGCCUGGAGCCUGGAUCCAAGAUAUCACAGAGGGAUUUCCAAGACUCAUCCAGCCCUCUGACUACUAUCCCAUGCUGCUCAUCCAUGUGGGGAAGGGGGUGACCUGGAGGAAGAACAAGCAGGAGGUGUCAACAGGCGAAGUGUUCUCACUUUUUCUGAGAAAUCAGGGCAAUCGACUAAUUACCCUGGGUGUCUGAACACAAAUGCAAGGAGCUUGGGAAACAAGCAGAGUCACGGCACUAUGAUGUGAUUGGAAAAACAGAGACUUAGUGGGAGCUUGCACGACUGAAACGCUGUCAUAAAUGGGUACAAACCGUUCAGGAUGGACAGAUGGGAGAAGAGGAGUUGUCAUCACACUUUAUGUGAAAGAGCCAUAUGACUGCUCAGAGCUCCAGCAUGAAACUGGAGACAGGCCUGUUGAGAGUCUCUGGGUUAGGGCCAGAGGAGAGAGCAACAAGGGUGAUGUCGUGGUGGGGGUCUGCUCCAGACCACCAGACGAGGAGCAAGUGAUGGAUGAGGCUUUCUUCAAACACCUAAAGGAAGUUUCCCAGUCACAGGCCCUGGUUCUCAUGGGGACUUCAAUCCUCCUGAUGUGUUGGGAGGGCAAUACAGCAGUGCCUGGGCAAUCCAGGUGGUUUUUGGAGAGUGUUGGGGACAACUUCCUAGUGCAAGUGCUGGUGCAGCCAAGUAGGCGCUGUGCUCUUCUUGAUCUGCUGCUCUCAGACAGGGAAGAAUUGGAGGGGAACAUAAUAGUGGAUGGCAAGUUGGGCAUCAGGAACCACCAGAUGACUGAGUUCAGGAUCCCGAGGAAAGGAAGGAUGGAGAGCAGCAGAGUAAGGACCCUGAACUUCAGCAAAGCAAACUUCAACUCGCUCAGGGAACUCAUGGACAGGAACCCCUGGGAGGCCAGACUGAGAGGGAGAGGAGUCCAGGGGAGUUGGCUAUACUGUAAAGAAACCUAAGAGUGCAGGAACAAAUUUCCCGAUGUGCAGGAAGACUAGCAAGUGUGGCAGGAAAACUAGCAAGUGUGGCUGGGCAGCAGCUCUGCAGAAAAGGACCUGGGGGUUAGGGUGGACAAUAAGCUGAAUAUGAGCCAGCACUGUGCUCUUGUUGCCUAGAAGGCUAAUGGCAUACUGGGCUGCAUUGGUAGGACCGUUGCCAUCAGGUCAAGGGAAGUGAUUAUCCCCCUCUAUUUGGCACUGGUGAGGCUGCAUCUGGAGUACUGUGUUCAGUUUUGUGCCCCCACUACAGGAAGGAUGUGGACAAAUUGGAGAGAGUCCAGCGGAGGGCAGUGAAAGUGGUGAGGGUGCUGGGGGACAUGACUUCUGAGGAGAGGCUGAGGGAACUGGGUUUAUUUAGUCUAGAGAAGACUGAGAGAGGAUUUAAUAGCAGCCUUUAACUACCUGAAGAUGUGUAACAAAGAGGAUGGAGCUGGAUUAUUCUCACUGGUGGCAGAUGACAGAACAAGGAGCAAUGGUCUCAAGUUGCAGCAAGGAAAGUUGAGGUUAGAUAUUAGGAAGAAUUUUUUCACUAGGAGGGCAGUAAAACACUGGAACAGGUUACCCAGAGGGGUUGUGGACUCUCCAUCCUUGGAGGUUUUUAAGACCUGGGUAGACAAAGCCUUGGCUGGGAUGCUGUAGUUGGGGAUGGUCCUGCUUUGAGCAGGGGGCUGGACUAGAUGUGACCUCCUGAGGUUCCUUCCAACCCUCGUUUUCCAUGAUUCUCUGAUUAUUUUUCAUGUCUCUUGGCAAAUAAAGAUGUCCUCUUUAGUACCCUGAAUCCGGUAACCUUUAUGUUAGGGGUAAUUGUUAUUACUUAGAUACCUGUAUAAUAGUUUUCCUGUGCAUAACAACUUUUAGAGGUUAAAGUUUGUAUUUUGUAAUGCAUCAGGGCUUGGAAGCUGUUCUGUCUUGCUAUGGAGAGUUGAUAUCUUUACUGCUGCAGAUGACCCAUUUCUGAAAUGCUGGCUUGAGGGGAGGUUGAAGGUAAAGCCUGCUUUUUCAAGACGUCACUUUGAAGCUCUUAAGGGUUAUAGACAUUGCCUCUUACAUGAGUUAUUCAAUAAAAUGUGCAUAUAUGAGAAUCACUUCCUCCAGCUCUGGAAGACGAAAUGUUUUGUUUUCAUUCUCGCCAAGGUCCAAAAUGGCUGAAGGAAUUUUGUUCAGCCUUUCCAAAAAAAUUCAACUUUGGGCAGAGAUUAAAAGCAAGGAAACUUUCAGCCCAAGGGUGAAGGUUCCAGUAAGCUAUGAGUAUGCGAGAACAGGGAGUUCAGUAGGAAAUGCUUUGCAAUCCUAACUAUAGCAGGCAUGAGCUAUAAUGUAUUGCUAAAUAUAGAUGAGUGGGAGUGUUCUGCUUUAAGAAGGUGGUGUCCUUCCAGCCUUGAAAUUUGCUCCUAAAAUGACCUUUUCUGGGGUAUAGGGAACCAUCUAAUAUUGCCCAUGUUGGAAAUGUUUAAGCUCGAUUAUUUCCCAGGUGAGCUCAGCCAAGCCCAAAUUUGCGCCUCAGCCAAAAAUCCUUUCCCAAACAGGGCAGAAUUCAAUCAUUUAUCUUUAAUGUGAAUCCAACUUUAUACUCAGGUUCAUUUAUCUCAAUGUAAACUGCGCAGUAGCCCUAAAUAUUAUAUUUGUAUGUUAAAGGGCUGUCCCUGUGGUUAUAAACUUUGUGAAAAUAUCGAGGUCAAGGAGGCAAAGGCAUUAUUUUUGCAUGGACAUCAAAAUGCCAGCCAUAAUAGUUUGGGCAGGCUGCAGAUCCAAAUUCCCUUGGACUUUCUAGUUGUGGUUGUGUGGAUAUAUUGAAUCCUUCUUUUAAAGUUAUUGUCUAGCCUAUUUUUGUGCAUUUCGUAUUUGGAUAUAGUGUUUUUGUUUGGUUUUUGUUUUGUGGCGGCAUUGUCAUGUCUGAUGGCUGGCUGCCUAUCCUACGAGCUAAUAUUCCACCCUUUGACUUUAAUACUAUAUACAGCUUAAUCUAUACAUUGAAAUAUGAUGUUUAUAUAAAGGGUGUUAUAGCAUAUAGCGUGUAUGGUUUCUCUUUGCAUAUUCAGUGCGUCUGAAAAUGACUCUCUCUCUGUAUAUGAUGGUUGUUUUUACACAUAUAUUUGAUUAAAAUUCAGUAUAAACAUAAUUUCAAUCCAAAAGUUAUUUGAGGCUCUUUCUUGCACUGUGUUAACACUGUUCUUCAGUUUCUAGUUCCAAAGAGGGAAAAUUGGUUGCUCAAGAAUGAGUUAGGAAAUUUAAUUCAGAAUAAUAUAUGCAUAGUAGUACGAGGGUACAAAUGGAUAUGCACAACUAAAGAACUAUAGGGGAUUAAACAUUAAAGCAAUGCCUUGCUAAACAUUUUAGGCUCAAAAGUCAGAUUUUGUCAAAACCUGGUAAAUACCAAAUCAUUCUGUUAAAUGUAUUGGAGUGCCUCUACAUUUGAACAGCUGUAACUGAGAUUGCAGUCUUCUCCAAGUUUUCCAAAACUAAAAAUAAUAAGAUAUUUCCACAAUUUAUUUUAAAAAAUAAUUAAAAUAUGGGGGGGGGGGGGAAUAAUAGUAUUUCUCAGCAGUGUCUGAUCACCCAUGUUUCAGUAUUAUGCACUAUACCCUUUUCAGAUUUUCUUCUGAAGCAUUUCUGUUCUGUAGUUUUACUAUCGGAGGUCAUAUGUUAUACCAGAUAAUCUGUUUAUAUAUGGCAGUUCUGAUGUGGUUCCGAAAAUGAACCAAGGGAUCGUUUAUACGUAGUGAAAUCUAGCAGUCUAUUUUCAUUUUCCAAGCUGAGUCAUAAGAAGAAAGUGAACCAACAAUAUAUAAUGGGGAAAGAUGUUCCAAAUCUUUUCAUUUUGAUGAUAUUAUUAGCAUCACAAAUAGAGAAAUAUUUCAUAACAUUAUGAUUUUAAACCUGACAGCCUCCCAUUAAAAUCUGUGGUUUUAGUUUUUCUGGUAAAAGACAUAUAACUUCCUGCAUUAAUUCAGGAGAGACGUUUAAAUUGCAUGGAAAAUAUUUUAGUAAGAUAGUGACAUGGUAUCGUUAAAAUCCGACUUCUCAACCACUGUUUAACUCUCCCACUUCUUUAUCAUCGGGAAGACUCGAUCUGAGGUUACAUUAUAUGGGAGAUCAAAGUUUUCUGUACUGCACAGAAUGCCUUAGUUCAGUAUAGGACGGGGGAAAAUAGACUAGUGUCUGUUUACAUAGCUUUUGGCCCAGGCUAUAAAUUAGAAUUGGAAAAGCUGUAAAGAGUCAGUAAUUUAUGGGCUAUUAAGAUACUUAGGUUAGAAGUAAUUCUUGAACAUAGUGAAUGGAGAACACAUGCUUUUAAAGGACAAACAGAUUCAGCAUAAUAAUAUAUUUUGGGCCCUGUUUAUUUUGUAGACAAUUAACAAAAUAGGAUGUCAUAUUUUUGCAUAUCUGUUGCUCUCCUGAAAUAGAAUCACUAACCACUUGUUAACCACAUUGAUUUUUUAAUAGACAAAGUGGUUGCCUAUAGCUUCCCCACCAGAAAUGUUCAGAUUAAGCACACUAUUAGAUUGCAGCCAGAAUCGUCUCCAGAACAGAAAGAAAGCCUCGCCUUCCUCUCUGCCUUUUCCCUUGUUUGAGUUGAUGUGAUAAUUCAUUACAGAUUUUCUCUU